AUGCCUCCGAAAAAGAUUAAAAUCAAAGAAGAACCAAUUAACGAUACCAUCAAUAAUGAAGAAAAUGAGAGUGAAAAAGAAAACGAAGAAACUAUAGAAGGUAUUGAUAAAAUAAAUUCACUUAAAUCACUGGGACCAUUUAUUGCCUCCAAGGAUAAUGCCAGAAAUACGGUGUACUUUUCCGAUAUACCACAAGUGUGUAAAGAUGAGCCGUGUAUGCUGGGUGUUGAUGAAGCUGGUCGAGGUCCAGUGCUGGGACCUAUGGUAUAUGGCAUUGCCUUCUGUCCAAUCACGAGUAAACAAGCCCUAAUUGAUUUAGGUUGUGCCGAUUCCAAACAAUUGACCGAGGAGAAACGUGAUAUCAUAUUCGAUGACAUUAAUACCAAGGAAUAUGCCAAUACAUGUAUUGGAUGGGCCGUUGAAAUCAUCUCACCAAAUGUGAUUAGUACGAGUAUGUUUCGGCGGGCAAAGUGUUCGCUGAAUGAGGUGUCCAUGAAUUCGGCCAUUGGCUUGAUACACGCUGCCGUUGAUCAUGGUGUUAAUAUUGCCGAAGUCUAUGUCGAUACGGUGGGUCCACCCGAAAAAUAUCAAGCAAAAUUACAAGCGAUUUUCCCACAAUUUAAAAUAACUGUUGCGAAAAAAGCUGAUUCGACAUAUCCCAUUGUUUCGGCGGCUAGUAUUUGUGCCAAAGUUAGUCGUGAUCAUGCUCUAAAGGUUUGGCAAUUUCCUGAAGGUUUAACACUUAAAUCAAAUGAUUUUGGUAGCGGUUAUCCUGGUGAUCCGGUUACAAAGCGUUUCCUGUCGGAAAAUAUUGAUUUGGUAUUUGGUUUUCCACGGCUGGUGCGAUUUAGUUGGUCCACGGCGGAAAAUGCUCUGGCCGACAAGGCAUAUGAUAUGGAAUUUGAUGAACCCGAUUCCGAAAAACCAAAAUAUGCUGGUCCAAAAUUAACGAAAUUCUUCAAAGGUACCACCAAAGAUGGAGAAGUUAAGAGAGAACAAUGUCGCCUGCUAAAGGAGCGAUUUUUGGAUAGUUGUGUAGAUUUUUAAG